UUUAAUAUACUCCUCUUUCUCUCUCAUCGGUUCCGAUGGGAUGUGAAGUUCCAAAGCUCUCUGCAAGUUUGAUUCUUUCCAAUGGCCUCUGUUUCCUCUCCUUCCUGUCAAGCGCGCUCCCUCCUGAUCCUCGCUCCACUCUUGCAAGGAUGAAAAGUUUCUACUCUCCCUCAGAGCAACCUCAUUGUUACCAGCCUUGUUUUAUAACCACUAACACCUCCCUCUGUUCCAAAUUCUCUGCGUUGUUCUAGCCUGAUACUCCGAUUUUGUUUUUCUCCGUCGACACUCUUAGCAAGCCCCGUUAGUAUGACCUCUAGUGCCUUCAAACUGAGAAACCCUGUACUCCUUUGACCAAGAUGGUUUUGGUUUUGGGAUCCCAAUUUUGUCUUUGCAGGACAUUUGUGCAUUCUUGUUAGGAUUGCUGGAGGCACAGGUGUCUGCUGCUGCUCGGGAUUUUUUCUUCCAGCUUCACCGGAGAAUCAACUGCUUUCAUUAGGAUCUCCAGGAUAUAGGGUUUAUGAACAUCCUGAAUAGGGUUUAUGAACACCUUCUUCUGAUCCUGAGGUGCCCCUAGGGUUUUUGUCCUCCUAAAGCUGACGUUCUUGUUCCCAUUUUGUGUAUGUUUCCCCCUAGCUUUAGUUUUAUGGAAAUCAAAUACUCUUUCAUGUAGGAUUAUUCUGAAUUGUUUGGGAGGUUCUAACUUUGAGAACAAGUGGGUCGGUAGGCCUCUUUUAUUAGGCAUCCUUGGCUCUGUGAUCAAGGGCUUUGUGUAGCUUGGAAUGUUCCGGUGACACCCUUUUGGCUUUGGGGGGGCUCUUGGCGAAGAUGUCUACAGAUGGCCACGGUUUCGUGGAAUGGAAGGAGCAGUUUGUUUCACAGGAGCGCGGAAGCCGGGUGGUCCACUACUUCUUGAAGGAUGUAGCUGGGAAUUCCGUCCUUGCUGUUGUCGGCACCGAGAGGAGCCUUAGACACAUGGUCUAUGUCGUCUCCAGUGAUUUCUUGUUGGGUUUUCGGUCUCAGAACUCCACCAACACUUGUUUCAAAUGGAGAUCGAGAAGAGAGGUGGUCGACUGGCUUACAUCCAUGCUCGUAAAGAAGCAACCUUCUGCAGAUUCUUCGAAGUCACCAACAAAUGAUUCAACACAAGCCACUGGGUUUUCUGAUUUUGCCACAAACAGGGUUGAUGUCACAGAGUCCCAUCCACCUGAUCGCACGGGUAGAUUUGCAAGGAAGUUGAAAGGCCAUGAUUCAGAUAUAGUGUGGUCUGGUGUUGCGUGGACUUGUGGUAAACAGCUCAUGCAUUACCCAGCAUUUUGUCGGAAUGGAAUUACCAUAACUAUACAUUCCUUUGUGCUUGUUAUGGCUAAAGAGGAGGAUCAUUAUCUUGCUUAUUUGGAAGAUAUGUAUGAAGACAAGAAGGGGCAUAAAAAGGUCAGAGUGCGGUGGUUUCACCACAAUCAAGAAGUCAAGAGUGUAGUUCUUCUACCACGUCCACACCCUAGAGAAGUGUUUUUCACACCUUAUGCCCAGGUAAUCAGUGCAGAGUGUGUUGAUGGUCCUGCAACAAUAUUAACUCCUGAGCACUAUGAGAAAUGCUUGGCCACUUUAGCACAUAUUUCUGGAGCCAGGGUUUAUCUGUGCUUUAGGCAGUUCAAAAACAACAAAGUCAAGCUCUUUGAUAUCAGCAAAUUGCGGGGUUACUUUGACCAAACAAUACUCUCAUGUUUGGAUCCCAGUCCCCUCUUCAAGCAGAACCUCACAUUCCAUAACCCAACUACAGAAGAAGAGGAAGACUUUAGCCAAGAGGGCACUGUGAAGCAGGGAGCCAAGAGAACCAGAAGUUGUAGAGGGCGUCACAGGUUUCUCAUGGAUCAUUCCAAUGUCAGAGUUUCAGCUCGAGGAAACACGAUGGCGGCAUGUGGACCAGCAUAUGACAACUUGAAAUUUAGGCUGUCAGGUAGGAGGCCUCUCAGUGUCAAGUGUGUCAGGCCUCAUCCCUUGCGUACUCCUCAUUUUAAGGUUGAUGAAAAGGUAGAGAUUCUAUGCCAAGAUAGUGGCAUACGAGGCUGCUGGUUCAGGUGUACGGUCUUGCAGGCAUCUCAUAAGCAGCUGAAGGUUCAAUAUGAUGAUGUGCAGAAUGAGGAUGGAUCUGGGAAUCUUGAGGAAUGGGUCCCUGCCUUUAGACUGGCUGCUCCUGAUAAAUUGGGCAUGAGAUGCUCAGGCCGCCUUACAGUCCGGCCAUGUCCCCCCCUUAAGGAGUCAACAGAUGGUUCUUUUGAGAUUGGAGCCCCUGUAGAUGCAUGGUGGAGUGAUGGCUGGUGGGAAGGAGUAGUUACUGGAGUUGAUGAUGGAGAUGGUAGUCUGCAAGUUUACUUCCCUGGUGAAGACGUGUUCUCAACUUUCCAGAAAGAGAAUUUAAGGAGUUCGAAGGAUUGGUUUGAGAACCAGUGGGUUGAUAUCAAGGCAAAGCCGGAUAUACUAUCUGCCAUAUCUGCAGCUGUCAGCCCUGGAACAAAGCUCUCAGGGUCUACAACAAUUGCUAAGGGGGCUGAUUCAGGUGGCUCAGCAAUGUCGGACCAUGAACUUCCUACUAUUAAACUUGAAACAGUUGAAGAGGAUAAGCAGGAUUUAGCUGGUGGUUUUAUUGGAUCUGAUGUCCCUGCAGAAGAUGUCAAGUGGGUGACCUUGAGGAAGCGGCAAAGAAUUGAAGAUGAAGAUAGAUAUGGUAAUUCUGGUGAUCAUGAUGAAAAUGACAGAGAUGAUGACGAUGAUGGUGAUGCCAAUGAUGUUGAUAACAAUGUAGACAAGUUGACUAUUAAAGAGGAUUUUCAGGCUCCUGAUCACAAAUGUGAAUCAAUAGAAGUCAUGGAGGUGGCUGUCUGAGAAAGAGAACUAGUGCAACUAGGAGUCUAGGAGGAUGGCGGUAUUGGUCUGAAGGCAAAUUAGGAUUUCUGUAAAUAAGACAGAGGUGAUGCACAUGUUUAUAGAAGGUGAAUCAUUUUUAUUGACUUGGGGAACUUGGUCGAUGUACAGCUAGGAAGUUAGGAUUUAGUGGUAGGUUCAGCUCUUAACGGGUCAGGUCAGAAAUUUAACUUGGGAUUCAGAUCGGGGUCGGGGGGGCGCUGAGUCCAUAAGCUUGUAUGCCUGUCUAGCUGCCACGGAAUCUGAAUAUUAUUUCGAUUACUAGCAUUUUUUUCCUUCUUUUCUGUCUCGGUUUCUAAUUAGUAAUGUAUUGUCUGUUUAUGGAAAUAAGUCUAGAUAAUGUUGAAAAUGAGUUUAUGGAAUUAUUUGCUCUUAUGUAUUAAUGCAACUUAUUUGACCCUC